AGCAUGAGUGUAGAAGAUGGGGGUGCGGCAGGCCUGGGCCCACCCAGGCAGGCCCGCUGGACCCUGAUGCUACUCCUGUCCACUGCCAUGUAUGGUGCCCAUGCCCCAUUGUUGGCACUGUGCCACGUGGAUGGCCGAGUGCCCUUCCGACCCUCCUCAGCCGUGCUGCUGACUGAACUGACCAAGCUGCUGUUGUGCGCCUUCUCCCUCCUGGUGGGCUGGCAAGCAUGGCCCCAGGGGGCCCCACCUUGGCGCCAGGCUGCCCCCUUUGCACUAUCAGCCUUGCUCUAUGGCGCUAACAACAACCUGGUGAUCUAUCUUCAGCGGUACAUGGACCCCAGCACCUACCAGGUGCUGAGCAAUCUCAAGAUUGGAAGCACAGCCCUGUUCUACUGCCUCUGCCUCCGGCACCGCCUCUCCGCACGCCAGGGCCUAGCACUGCUGCUGCUGAUGGCAGCGGGGGCCUGCUAUGCAGCUGGUGGCCUCCAAGACCCUGGGAACACCCUUCCUGGGUCCCCUCCAGCAGCUGUGGCUGGUCCCAUGCCCCUGCAUAUCACUCCACUAGGACUGCUGCUCCUUGUCUUGUACUGCCUCAUCUCAGGCUUGUCGUCCGUGUACACAGAGCUGCUGUUGAAGCGACAGCGGCUGCCCCUGGCACUUCAGAACCUCUUCCUCUACACUUUCGGUGUGCUCCUAAACCUAGGACUGCAUGCAGGUGGCGGCCCUGGCCCAGGCCUCCUGGAGGGCUUCUCGGGAUGGGCAGUGCUCGUGGUGCUGAGCCAGGCGCUAAAUGGACUGCUCAUGUCGGCUGUCAUGAAGCACGGCAGCAGCAUCACACGCCUCUUUGUGGUGUCCUGCUCCCUGGUGGUCAAUGCUGUGCUCUCAGCAGCCCUGCUGCGGCUGCAGCUCACAGCCGCCUUCUUCCUGGCCACACUGCUCAUUGGCCUGGCGGUGCGCCUGUACUACGGCAGCCACUAGCCUCUGACCACCUCCACCCUGACUCCUGACCCUGGAGAUUGGGCGUCGCCAUUAGAGCCACCUCCUAGCCCCCCUUACCCUCAGCAGCCCCGUAACAAGUGCCUUGUGAGAAAAGCUGGGGAGGUGGAGGUGUACCCCUGGGAGACUUGGAUCGUGGCUUUGGUUAAGAACUGGAAACUCAAACACCCCCUCUCCCCCCAGUUCUUCCCAAGAAAUUAAAGGAGCAUCAGUACCUAGGCCCGAGAAGUGACCCCAUUCCCGAGAAGGUUCUUUGGCUCGUUCUGUGUGAAUGCAGUUGCUUAAAGUGGGUGACAGUUGGUUUCUCUUUCCUACUGUGGCCACCCCAGCAGACCCAUAUCCCCAAGGCCUGGUGCUGGCUGCCCAGCUGUGGUGCAUGAUUCCCCCAUAAAGGAUACUUGCCCCCAACUGUCUUGCAGAAAAGCCCAAUUGCCUCGGCCAUUCUGCCGAGUUCCCCUAGUUCUAGCAGCAUCUGGAGACAGUGCCUCCUACUCCCUCCACAGUGCUGCUCUCCACAUCCAGCCUUUGUUCUGGAAACCCCAGAGGGGCUGGGACUUAAUUUGUCUCAGGAGAUGUCCCUGGGCCCUGGCUUAAGUCUAUACUCCUGACCUCUCUAUUCAUCCAAAGACCCUCUUGAAGCCCACUGCCCCAUCUAGAGCUCCUAGGAGUUACCAUCCUCCCCACUCUAGGUCCUGCUCCUGCCUAGCAGUGUCCCAGCUCCCAGCAGCCACGGAAGCUCUGCACAGAGUGACCUGGGACCAGGCACAGGGAAACGUAUAGCUCAAUUGUGUCUAACUGCAUAAGCAAUAAAGUCUUAAAGCUUUCUGGAGUGAGGGCAGUUCCUCCAUUCGGCCAUGA